AUGGUGAGGCUCCUGAUGCUGAUGCUGAUGCUUCACACAAUGCGCGAAGUCAGGGCAAUUAAGUGCCCUGCAGCUGAUCCAAUCCUUGUGCCCCAUGAAUGGGGCCAAGCAGGGGACCUCUUCAUUGGUGGAAUUGUUACUCAGAGCACCUACAUUUUUAAUGAACUUUCAUUCCAGGAACAUCCUUCUCUGGAGCUGUUUGACAUUCCACAUGUAACCACAAAGUUCUAUCAGAACAUCCUGGCCUUGGUGUUUGCCAUAAAAGACAUCAAUGAUAACCCGAAGAUCUUGCCCAAUGUCACCCUUGGUUUUCACAUCUAUGACAGCUACUUCGAUGGGAGAAUGACCUAUCAAACCACUUUGAACCUUCUUUUCAAAUGGCAAAGAUUUCUCCCCAACUACAAAUGUGACACUCAGAAAAACCUUAUGGCUGUGAUUGGGGGACUGUCUUUUGACACCUCUAUCUACAUGGCAGAUGUCUUAAGUCUCUACAGUGUUCCACAGGUGCUUCCCUUUUCUCUGUGCAAUGAACCCUGCCACUCUGGUCAUCAGAAGAAAACGAAGGAAGGGGAAAAAUUUUGUUGCUAUGAUUGUGCUCCAUGUCCAGAGGGGAAGAUUUCAAACCAGACUGAUAUGGAUGCAUGUUUCAAUUGCCCAGAAGAUCAGUAUCCAAACAAGAAGAGAAAUGGAUGCAUCCCCAAAGCAAUAUGUUUUCUGUCCUAUGAAGAACCUUUAGGGAUCACUUUAGCCUCACUUAGUGUUCUAUGUUCUCUGAUUACUGUUUUGGUGUUGGCUAUUUUUAUCCAGCACAAAGAUACCCCCAUAGUCAUAGCCAACAACCGGGAUCUCACCUACACUCUCCUGGUCUCCCUCCUGCUCUGCUUCCUCUCCUCUUUGCUUUUCCUCGGCCAACCUGGGGAAGUGACCUGCCUUCUCCAACAAACUGCUUUUGGCAUCAUCUUCUCAGUUGCUGUUUCUUGUGUGUUGGCAAAGACCAUCAUUGUUUCUCUAGCAUUCAUAGCCACAAAGCCAGGAUCCAAGAUGAAGAAAUGGGUGGGAAAGAGGCUGGCUCAUUCCAUUGUCCUUUCAGCUUCCCUCAUUCAAUUUGGUAUCUGUACUCUGUGGCUGACAACAUCUCCCCCUUUCCCUGAUCUAGACAUGAAUUCGGUAGCUGAAGAAAUCAUUAUACAAUGUAACGUUGGGUCGGCCACCAUGUUCUAUUGUGUCUUGGGCUACAUGGGCUUCUUGGCCAUUGCUAGUUUCAUUGUGGCCUUCCUGGCCCGCAAGUUACCUGACAGUUUUAAUGAAGCCCAGUUCAUCACCUUCAGUAUGUUAGCAUUUUGCAGUGUUUGGAUCUCUUUUGUUCCCACCUACCUGAGCACAAGAGGGAAACACAUGGUGGCUGUGGAGAUCUUCUCCAUCUUGGCCUCCAGUGCUAGGUUACUGGGUUGCAUCUUUUCCCCAAAAUGCUACAUCAUUGUGCUCAGGCCUGAGCUGAACAGCACAAUCACAUGGCACGACACACACACCAAAAUUGAAUGGCAAUGCCCAUCGAAUGAGGGGGAGACCCCAUCAUAUUUUAUUGGAGGCUACAUGGGCCUCUUGGCCCUCACCAGCUUCAUUGUGGCCUUCCUGGCCCGCAAGUUACCUGACAGUUUUAAUGAAGCCCAGUUCAUCACAUUCAUCUGCGGCUCUGAUUCCCAAGUGACCCAGAGCCCCUUAUCGCAGAACGUCCAGGAAGGGGGACUGUUUGCCAUCACCUGCACCAACCCCAAUGAAUAUCGCACCCAUUUUUGGUACCGUCAGCAGCCUGGAAGAGCACCGACCCUCCUCUUGUAUGUAGCAUCCGAGAAAAGAACGAAACCAAAGGACGCUUCGCAGCAGAGUACUUGGAGAAGGGAAAGAAAAGUCGGCUGCAUCUCUCUGGUGCUCAGAUUCAAGACUCAGGCACUUACUUUUGUGGCGUAG